AUGACUUUUACGGAGUAUAUGGCCUUCUUCCAGGACAAAUAUGAGCUGAUCUGUCUGGCUGAUGAAGAUACGGAGGACUUUUGCCUGGAUGUUGAGAGCUCGUGGAACAUCACCAAUAUGGUUCUCCUGGACGAAGCAACUUGGCCAACGUAUACCAACAAAUGUUACUAUGACGUCUCAUAUGGUGACUGGGGGUGGUUCUAUUUGGAGAAUGGAACGUGCCUCGAACCCUUUGACGAUUACCUACAAGAUGCAAGCGAUGCAAAUGGCCUGAAUCAGCUGGCAGCAUGGGAUUACUACCUCGACCGACCCCCGGCCAUCAACGACGACAACUAUGGGUGGUCGGAACCCCUGGAGUGGGAUGAGUACCCAUUAGAAAUGCAAUGUUCGUCUUGCUUUUUGCAAAAGUUCAAGCAUGGAUUUGAGAGCUCCUGGGGUGAAAUUUGGGAUGGAAUUUCCGAGCAAAUAUGGACCAAUAUGCAAAUCAACUGCGACGUCGAUCUUGAUAUCAUUCCUGCGAACAACUACACCGCAUCAGAAAACAUCAACAUCACCAUUGCCUCCCCCGGCCCUAUCACUACGAUCUGUCCCCAGACCAUCACGAUAUCCCCCAAUACCACAAUGACUUGUCAACAGCUGGCCAUUGCCUACGAAAUCCCCACGGCCGGAAUUUGGAAUCUCAACAACGACGUAGAUUGCAAUUGGGUGACUGACCAGGACGUCUGCGCGCCCAUGUCUUGUCCGAUUGCCGUCGUCUCCACUGCCAGCUCGUCUAUCAACGUUGAUGAGUAUAUUUACAACCAGGACAACUUUACCAUGACUCAGUUUUUGACCUGGAAUCCAUACGUUGGGUCCAGACAGAUUGCCAACGGUGAUGCUAUCUGCGUCGGUCCUCCAGGAGGCCUCUACAGCCCGCCAUCCGCCACGGUCUCAACCAACUCUACCUACACGACCAUAGCCAUCCCAGCGUCUCCAACCCCAGCAGGCACUGCAACCAACUGUGGCGCAUAUUAUCUGGUUCAAGAUGGCGAUGAAUGCGGCGUCAUUUGUGAAGGGAAUAGUCUGACAUUGGCCGACUUUCUUGCCAUGAACCCGUCUGUCAAUUCGAACUGCACAAAUCUAGUAGUUGGCAUGGAUUACUGUAUUGCCAUCGUCAACGGCACCACUCCCACCACCUCAAAUACCACCGCCAGCUUUGUCAGUGCACCCACCACCACCGUCACAGGGACAACCUCGGAGUGCUACGAAUGGCACACCGUUGUCUCUGGUGAUACCUGUCAGUUGAUUGAAGCCGAGUACGGCAUCACCCUGGACGAUUUCAUCGCAUUGAACACGUAUGUUGACAGCAACUGUGAUAAUCUUUGGGUGAACUACACCUACUGCGUGUCGGGGAUUUCUGCAUCUGCCGGCAGUAGCAAUAGCACAGCAACAACCACCUCUCCAUCCACGAGGUCUGCUACCUCGGCGACAACUGCGAGCACAGUUACAGUUACCACCUCUGGGUCUGUUACAACACCUACUCCAACCCAGACUGGCAUGAUGAGCGGAUGUACGACCUUCUACGAGGCCGUGAGCGGCGAUGGGUGUUACGCGAUCGCCACAUCAUACGGCAUCACGCUCGAUGAGUUCUACGAAUGGAAUGCCGCAGUCGGGGAUGACUGCAGUGGACUGUGGCCAGACUAUUAUUACUGUGUGGGGAUAUAG